CGGACAUUACGUCACUCGGGUCGUUUUCCUUUCUUCGGUGGAAGUGAAGGGAAGUGAAGCCUUUCAGGCAAAACCCAGGGACGUUAUGCUGCACCAGCAGCCGUUCAUUCAGCUCAACUCUGCGGGCUCCUGGCCAAACACAGAGUGGACUGUCAACAGACGAACAUGGCUGCCUCUGCAGCAGGCAGGGCGCCCAAGAAAGACGAGGCUUCUUCAGACAGUCCGAGAAGCCACGACGAGAGUUUGUCGCCGCAGCAGUCAGGGGAAAUCAUAAAGCCCACCAUCAUGGAGCUCACCAAAGAAGUGAGGACGAACAUCUUGUGCACCGUGAAGGGAUGCGGCAAGAUUCUGCCCAACACACCUGCGCUCAACAUGCAUCUGGUGAAGAGUCAUAGAAUAAAGGAUGGAAUCAUCAAUCCCACAGUCAGAAAAGACAUGAAGGGCUGUCAGAGACUUUACUGCUGUCCCAUCGAGGGUUGUCCCCGAGGACCCAACAGACCAUUCUCCCAGUUCUCCCUCGUCAAACAACAUUUCAUGAAGAUGCACGCCGAGAAGAAACACAAGUGCUCCAAGUGCAACAACGGCUACAGCACAGAGUGGGACCUGAAGAGACACGUGGAGGAUUGUGGGAAGAUCUACUCCUGCUCCUGUGGCUGCCCGUACGCCAGCAGGGCGGCGCUGCUGUCACAUAUCUACAGGACGGGGCAUGAGAUCCCUACAGAACACAGGAUUCCACCAGUGAAAAAGCGGAAGAUGGAGAAACUUCUAAGUGGAUCUGAAAAAGUGAAAAACCACGAGUCAACCGGUCACGUUGUCCCCACAACCAUCGAGCUGACAGAGAUGGCUCCUGCUCCCUCUCACACAGCAGUUCAAAUCACAGACUUCAUGGGUUCUAAUCCCAACACCUCUAAGACUCUGCAGAAGUUCCUUUUACCAAGACCAAAGAUGGCGUUGGUCAGUGUUCCUGUCAUGCAGCUCGCCCAUCUGCCCGUCCUCCUCCCGUCCACAGAGAGCGGGGCCCUGCGGUCUGUGGUGCUGGCCGUCGAUAGCCAAGGCUCCGUCAGCACCCUGCAGCUCCUGCCACAUGCCACAGCGGCCGUCGUGCCCCAGCUGGACCCUAAAACUCUGGGCUUCACAGACAGCAUACAGACGUCUCGCUCCAGUCUGGGCCCAGUUAGCAUCGGAGUCCAAGUCAGUUUGGACUCCUCAGGCCCAGACGACUCCCCCGUCAGACGAAGCACAUCCACCAACAUUCAAACGGACAAAUCCUACCUGUCCAAAAUGCCCACGGGGCUAAGUGUUGCGGAGGGAAUAGGCCUGUGUUCUGCGAGUGAGUCCUCGGUGUCGUCCUGCUCCCAGACGGACAUCAGCGUGAGCGCCCAGGUCCUCCUUCCAGUCAGCGUCGAAACCCAAACCUUCUCCUCUCACCCCAAAGCGACGUCGUCCAUCGCAGCUCAGACGGACAGCCAGUGCCUGAGCCACAUUCCUUGUUUCUCCUCAUCUUUGAACCCCUUCAAAACCACACAGACGCAGACACGCUUUAAUAUGCCGGGAUCCGAGGACAAGACUGAAGAUCCGGCUAUUAAUUGCAGUGAUUUGUUUGAAAGCGUCCCCCCCAGCGUCUCCACCCAGACAGCCAUUGACAUGGAUGACGCCCUGCCAUCUGCGGUCAACAGUCUGUACGAGGACUCAAAGUUGUCCGGUGGAAUGUGUUUUGGGGUCCAGACAGACGAGCUGAGCUCAACGAGCAUGGCUGACAACCAGACCCAGACCAUGAACCUGUUAAAUGACCUGGAAAACAUUCUGUCUGACAGUAUGUCGGGCCACCAGGUCCUCUCUGAGGCGUCUGCAGCCUGCGGGUCAGCUUUAGGCUCCGUACAAGAGCAACACACCGGCAUAGACUUUGACUUUGAGGAUUUCCUCAAUGCCGUGCACAUCCAGACACAGACGGAGGAGAGCGAGCUGGGGGGGAUGGGCGGCGACACUCCUCUGGAGUCUCUGGAUAUCCAGACCCAGACAGACUUCCUCCUGAUGGACGAACUAGACCAAAGCGAGGGACCAAAUCGAGCCAACACCAGCGACCAGGAGCUGUUCGACACUCAAACUCAGACCGACCUCAAUUUCCUUUUAAACGCCAGUAGCCAGAUGCCGCUGAGCAGCAUCCUGCGGCACACGAGCUUUUCUAUGAGCACAGAAUCCUCAGACACUGAAACCCAGACUGAAGUUCCGUCGUUUGCCUCCAGCCUCUCCGCUCACACCGCUGUCAGUCAGGGAGACCAAGCACGGCUCCUGAACAGCACGCAGACACAGACGGUGACCAGCCAGGCGGAAGGACUGGGUCACCUCUUCCUGACCAGCAACGAAACACAGACCGUCUUGGACGACUUUCUGUCGGCCGACCUCGCCUGGAAUAUGGAGUCUCACUUCACCUCAGUGGAAACGCAGACCUGCGCGGAGCUUUUUGCUCUUUUUCAACAGCCUGAGAAACCCAACAGUUGAAAUCCCUCUCCAGCGAGGCUCCCCGAGCGUUUGAAAUGCAAAGUUCAAAAGUUCUGCCUCCAGUUGUGAGAGGGACGCGUCCAUGGCGUCCUCUGGCAGACGACAGUCAUAGCAGUAGGACGUCCGUGAAAAUGUCUUCAAUCAUUCCACUGGAAACAUAGUGUCGUUCGCCGUUUUCAGAUAUCAAUCCUGACUGCACUUUAUUCACUCGCUCCUCUGAUAGUUUACACAUUUAUUUGCACAUGCCGUAACACGUUGUACUGUACACCUCCGGUACUUGAUGCCAAGUUUACUCCCGUUUGCAGCCACUGUGACCAGUUUUCAUCCUCAGUCUUACUAACAAUCUGCACUUUGAGCGGUUUCUCUGUGUGGCUGUUACGCUGUAUCACCGCAUAUACAAAUACUGCAUGAUCACGGCAUCGUCUCAAAGUGUACAGUGUACCAUACUGUGCAUCCAGUGUCGGUUUGACAUAUGCGUACAAGCCUUCACUCCAGUGAAAUCCAGUGUUUAACCCUUUCAGAAACAAGCUCGUUGUUUAUCUCUGAAAUGUACCUUUAAUCCUCAACACGGGCCACAAGGACAACUACUAUAAUUGCUUUAACGACUGUUGCUGCCUUCAGUGGCAGUGUGAUUAUGAAGCUGACACCACAGUAGUUUGGAGGUCUCU